AUGCGUCGAUGGCGGUGCCGUGCGGCGGCUGACGCGUGCGCCGCCCGCGCCCGCGGCAUCGCGGCAACGCGUGUGCUGCUCGGGCUGGAGCAGCUGCAGGACGUGCCGGCGUCCACCAGCCGGCGGCCCACCGGCAUGCACCGCGGCCCCGGCAAGCGGCAGACGUCGGAGAAGGAGGCGGAGCGCUACCGCUUCAUCAAGCGCUGGGACCUGCAGAUGCGGGAGGGGUGGGACGAGCUCGAGGCCUUCAAGGGGCUGCCAAAGCCGAAGCGGCAGUUCGGCAACGAGGCGGCGGAGGUGGUUUGGCCCUACGCCCUGCUGCUGGAGCGGGUGGUGAGGGUGCACCCCUUCACCAAGUCCAUCUACGUCUACUACGGCCAGCGCCAGGCCACGCCGCAGGGGAGGCUGGCGGCGGAGGCGGCCAAGCGGUUCGCCCGGGAGUUCCUCAUCCCCAUCACCUUCCACAACUCGCAGGUGUACGUGGAGGCGGAGAUGCUGCUGGAGUACAGCGAGACGCCGUGGGUGGUGCUGCACGCCCUCGACGGCGCCCAUCACAUCCUGCCGGUCCGCCCCGCCGAGGGGACCCCCGUCGACGCCGCCGUCGCCCAGCUGCUCGGCGACGUGGUGAAGGCCUGUGAGCGGCUCGCCGCCGCGGUGGCGAACCCGAAGGAGGCGACGCGCGUGCUGAACGAGCGGCCCCUGCAGAACCAGUACGUUCGCGUCAACUACCAGUGGUUUGGCGACACGCCCGACGAGCGCCGCAGCCACCUGGUGAACUGGGACUUUGACCCCGCGGAGGUGGAGCCGGUGCUGCGGCAGCGCACCCGCCACGUGCUGAACUGGCUCAACUACGACGGCAACCUACCGAACCACAACUCCGUUCGCGUCAACGUGUUCCGCGAGAAGGCGCGACUGCGCAGCCCGCGGACGACGAGUGGACCCAAGACGUUCUUCAACUCCGCCGGUUCCCGCGCCAACGCCCGUUCCUCGCGCUUUGGCGGCCAGUCGGCUGUAGGGGACUGA